AUGGCGACAACUUCUGCCGCUCCCGCGCCGCAAACUGCGCCUGCGGUCAAUGGCACCUCCAACCUUGAACUCGAUGUCUCGAAGCUUCACGCCCUACCGACCGAGCAGCAAGACUUAUACCUGUUAACCUUUGUCUCCGACUUCCAGCGCCAUGUCGAACAGUUGUCAGCAGAGGCCUUACCCCCCCAUCAAGCUUCGAUCAAGAAGGAAGUCAUCAAGAUCAUUGGACUCGGUUCUCCAAUCCCGUCCCGCGUGAUUCGAAACGGCCUCGGAAGAAUCUUAGCAGAUGUCUUCAGUCGCGGCAGCCACAGUCUACUCUACGAGACGAUCAACGAUCUCUUAGCGAUCUUGAACGCAGGAAAGACGGAUAAGGAGUUGGGAUCCAAACAUGCGGCCGUGGUUUGUCUGGGAGCCCUCUUUCGCGCGGCAGGAGACAGUGCUGUUAGUCUCUCGGGACUUACGGUUGCUACAAUACUAAAACUCUUGAAAUCUUCCCAUGCCGGAGUCAGAGGGUGCGUCUUCCGAGCCCUCGGCGGACUGAUUAUUGGGAUCAAGCGAAGUCUGGAUGAGCAUGUUGCGCGGGAUAUCUGGAAACAAGCGCGACACGCUGCAACAAGUGACAAAUCGACUUUUGUCCAGAGGUGUGCGUGUUCAUGUCUCCGCAGCCUAGUCAGUGAAACCGGCUAUUUCAACAACUCGAAUGACUUUGACAGCCUCAAGACAACAUUUUGGAAAGCAUUUGACAGUUCUGCGCCAUCCGUGAGGCAUGCUGCCGCCGCCGCCCUGGCGGCUGCGCUGAAUCAAGCAUAUUCUUCGCACGGUUCCGCCGAGGUGCCGGUUUCACGAAAACCGAAACGGUCCAAGAAACCGGGAGACGACCUGGACGAGGAAGUCGAGUCUGAACGGCCCGGCUCACCUUCGCCGGGACAGGUGAAAGCGUCUAUGCGGCUGACACUUUCUUUGGACGAAGUUCUUCGUGUUCUGUCGCAACAGUAUUGCCGUGCGUCAACAACGAACAGGUCUCGUGCAGGCAUUGCCAUCUGUUACAAAUAUCUGCUCCAUUUACUGCCUCGGAAAACCUUGGAGGAGAAUUAUGCCUCGAUAGCUGUUCAUACAUACGCGGACCUGUUGAACCACCCAACUAUAUCAUUCAACCGUCAUCGACUGCUCCUCACACGGAAGCUGGUCCAGUGGAUCCUUGCCGAUGUUACGGUCCUGUUGACGGAGAACGCCCAAGUCAAUGCGGCGCGGUACCUGAUUAAUGAUGUUAUCAAGAACUACCCUCAAGUGCUGCCGGAAAGACGCGAACCGUCAAAGCGGAUUCUUGCUGGCGCCUUGGGUACUUUGACAGACUUGUUGUUGCGCCUAGGACCAGCUGCCAGCGUAUUCCAGGAUUCAUGCAGAGAAGCCCUUUUUCAAGUCAUCCAACACCCGAAUCACACGGUACAAAGCCAUGCCGCUCAAUGCUUCAGGGCUUUCAUUCUUGCGUGUCCGAAUCAGCUCAUGCGCACUAUCGAGCAUGCCAUGUCACAAUUGCAAAAGGAGUUUCAGCCGUCAGAGGCCAAACAACCGCACCGAAAAUCAAUUGGGUUUGCAGCAGCCAUAGCAGUUGCUGUAAGUUGUGCACGCCAAAGACCCCUAUAUGGCUCCGUCCAGACAUAUUCUGCCAUCUUCACCUUUGCAACCGACCUAUUGAAGUCAAGUGCAGCCGCCGAACUGCGGCUUUCAGCUAUGCAGGUGCAGGUCGCAUGGACGUUGAUUGGGGGCCUGAUGAGCUUGGGACCAAGCUUUGUAAAAGUUCAUAUGAACCAGCUCAUGUUGCUCUGGCGAAAUGCUUUGCCUCCCCCAUUGACCCACGAAAAUGCCGCAAAAAGAGGGCAUCUGGAGCUGAGCUUUUUAUCCCAUGUUCGCGAAUGUGCUCUGAGUGCUCUGCUCAUGUUUCUCUCCUCUUGCAGCGGUCUAGUCACGACAGAUGGGUCGAAGCGAAUUUCAACCAUGCUGCACAAUACUAUCCUUUUCCUCGACAGCUUGCCACCUGCGCGGGAGUCAGAGGAUGUGUCUCACCGAUUGGUACCGACCCUUCAGCUACAGGAUUUCGCCAUAUUGCUCCGCCGACGUGUACUGCAAAGCUUCAUUUCCCUAGUUAGCUUGAAGCACCUUGACCAAGGCGAUGUGGUGUCCCAUUCGGAUUUGAUAGGUCUUACUAUGAGGACGUUCACCGAUCCAGAACGGCCAGUCUUGAAAAGCUUAGAAGCAUCACUGGCAAAUACUGCAAGCAACUUCGAGGGCCUGUGGGCCACGGAAGACAACUGGAGCUUUGGCGUUAGCAACCUGGCAGACAGUUUCGAUACCUACCUGCCGUUUGAGAACCAUAAUGAACCGAGCACUGACACGUACACCGAACAAGAGAUUUCUGUACCAGAUAUCCUAAUCCGGUGUCCUGCCUUGCCGGCGGUUGAACACGAUCCCGCCUUACUCUCAAGGCCAGAUAACCGACUGGACGAGGCCGAGAUAAGCUCGCCCGCGACAUCUUGUGUGAAUCUGGCAAUCAAGCUCUUCGCUAUAUCGUUGCCUCUUCAAUCACCCCGAAUUCAAGAGAGUACCGUGGAGCAGCUAAUUACUGCUGUCUCGCAGCCUCUGCAACGCGAACCCGGCAGGAAGGCAGCGAUGCAAAUCAAUACCGCCCUCGCGUUCCUAUGUGCGCUCGCAGUUGCGAAUAACGAAACCCCAUACAACUCUGGGAAAAUGCAUGUCGGGGCAGUGGGACAAGUCAUCACUGAACUUUUGGACCGAUACCUGUGCAACUCCGAUCCCAUCCUACGACACAUAGCUGCUCGUGCUAUAGGCCGCAUAUGUAAUCUCGCUGGGACCCAGUUCACCAACAGGGAGGUCAAAGUCCUCAUCGACACAAUUGUGGCGAAUCGCGAUCCGAGCGCUCGUGCUGGUUGUGCUCUUGCGCUCGGAUAUAUUCACUCAGAAGUAGGCGCCAUGGCAGCCAGCCUUCACAUCAAGUCUAUCGUCGGGGUCCUCCUAUCAUUAUGCAGUGACAGUCACACGAUCGUUCAUUACUGGGCUCUCAAAGGACUGCUUCUGGUUGCGGAGUCUGCUGGGCUGGCCUUUUCCACGUACGCGACGAGCACUUUGGGUCUACUUGCUCAACUAUACUCAAGUGACACUCACAACGAGGAAGCUGUAUCUGUGGCGACAUCUAAUCUGGAGCUUGAGCUUUUCACGCCUCUGGCACUUGCUCAAUGUGUUGACAGCAUCAUCAACGUCUUGGGGCCUGACUUGCAAGAUGUUUCCAAGGCGCGCAAUUUGAUCUUGGUACUGAUUGGCUACCUGCAAAAAGAGCCUUCGGCACGAUUGCGGAGUGCAAGUUACCAAUGCCUUCGCCAUCUCUGCAUGUAUGCGCCGGCGCAUCUUCAAUUUGCCAAAUACGUCCUAGAUUUGCAGACGAAUAUUUCGUCUGACGAGGACCUCCUCCAGUCCGCUGCUAUAAAAGGUCUUGGGGAAUUGAUGAAGAGAAAUUCCUCUGAAGUCGCGCGUGUGGCGACUUCUAAGCUGGGCGACGAUCUGUGGGCACGUCUGGACGACAACCCGGAAAACAAGUCCUUGCAGGGAAUGCUACAGAAUUGGAUGCAGCAGACCAUCCUCGUUGACACAGCCGCAUGGAUCGACAAAUGUCAGAGCAUACUUUCCAGGACAAGAACAAAGGCAUCGGCACCAUCGCGCGUCGCGACAGCAAAAACGGCCAUGCCAGACCUGGCAGAUGAAGAAGUCGCCGGCUUUGCUGCUGCAGCGGCCGCCGCGCAAGGCGAUGCGCCCGACGCUACACCAGAAGGUCAAGAGUUUCUCCGCUGGCAGACAAGAGACUUUGCGAUGCGACUGCUCAGCGAAUCAAUGGACAUCAUCCAAGCCGCCAUGUCGCCGGAUCGAGUCAUUUCGGCCGAAGAAGUGUUGCAGAGCAAGAUUGCGGAUGUGAUUCGCGUUGCCUUUUCGGCUUCGACUGCCAACGUGGUCGAGCUUCGCAUCUGGGGUCUUCGCAUCAUUGAUCAGAUCCUCAAGCUUUUUGGCAAGACUCCGGAUCCUGAUUUCUUGGAGGCGUCCCUGCUCGAGCAGUACCAAGCCCAAAUCAGCUCAGCUCUAACGCCAGCAUUUGCUGCGGACUCGUCUCCAGAACUAGCUGCCGAGGCCAUUGGCGUUUGCGCUACCUUCGUUGCUACAGGGAUAGUGACCAACGCGGAACGUAUGGGCCGUAUUUUCAAGGUUCUUGCCAUGGGGGUCGACAACCUGACUCAACCUGUCCCCGAACCAGCAAUUGGCGAUCUGAAAAACCUUAGCCCAAAUGCACAGGCUAUGCUUAAGAUGGGCAUCUUGUCUGGCUGGGCACAGCUGCAACUUGCAAGUUCCGAGCAACCGUUUCUGGAAGAAAUCCUGCAGCCGUACAUUCCCAAACUUGCGCCACUUUGGCUGACAUCGCUACAAGAGUUUGCUGGCUUACGCUUUGAGCCAGAAAUUUCGGAUACGCUCGGAGGCGAGGUUGCGGGCGGUAAUUUGGACGAACGAUACGCUUCCUUCAAUCGAGAAGUCCGCUUGAAGUUUUAUCAGAAGAAUUGGCUGAGCAUUGUGGACGCCAUUGCUGUACUUGUAGAAAAGGACAGUGAGUCAGUGUUUGACGCACUCGAUGACAAACGCAAUUAUGCAGUCGACGGCCCCGCAGACGAAGCUGCCGCCCCUGGAAGAGACAUGAGCUUCCGUGAGGAGCCCGUGGCGUUCUUCUUCAUCCUCUUUGGACUCGCCUUUGAAGCCCUGGUGACACAGGCGAGGGAAGAUCCUUCGCAGGCGCUAUCAAUCCUGCAGGCUCUCAGAAAGAUCCUGACUCCUGAAGUGUGUGGCAAUGCAAUCUACGAGGAGGCAGUGUUCAAUGAAACCACGGAUACCCUGGACCGACUUGCUCUCACGAGUACGCGGGAGACACAGAGCGUCCUCGUUGAAAUAGCCCGGAAUUUGUCCUUGGAUCACGUCGCAGCGAAGACCCAAGAUCGGGACGAAAAGCUCUCGGACGACAUUGAACAGCUCUUUGAACUGACAAGAAUCAUCAUUCUGGUUUUGACAGGUCUCAUACCGACCCUGGAAGAUCCGCCUGGCCCUGCCUUUCGUAAACUUGGGGACGAUGGCAUUGCCCUCGUACGACUUUGCUUCCAGGCGCUGGUGGAUGUGGCCUCAAUCUUCCCCGCCAUCAUUCGGGCUGAUCUCCAUGCCUGUAUCAUUCACAGCUAUUGUACCCUUCUUGCCACUGGCGUGUGUCAGGAUGAGGUGCUCCCCCAGACCAUGCCCAUCUUUAAAGCCUUCUUGCAGGACGUUGUUCAGUCCGGCUCCGAUGAAGUCAACUCGAGGCUCAUCCGCGGCUGCCUGUACCGCAUGCUGUCAAUCUUGGCUGUGGCCCAGCGACGAGAGAACGAGUAUGCGAUCACUUGUGCCAAGAAUACUCUGCUCUCCAUGACCAUAUUGCUCACGACGGCUAGCUCGGUCAUUCCAGCCAACGACGAGCUUAUCACAAAAUCACUCUCGGAGCUGCUCGAUUGCCUCCAAGACGUGGGUCUUGCCAAAAUCGCGGCCGGCUUUGGGAGAAUCCUAUGGUCGCGGCUGGUACCAUACGUGAGCGACCCGGAAGCAGAGGAUCCAGAGAAUGUCAAGACAGCACUGACACAAGCUCUGGUGGCGGCCGUGGCGUCUAUCAAAAUUCCGGGGCGAUUUGCUGCUAUGCCCAUAUUGGUGCCGUUGAUCCUGCUUCGUGCUAAACAGAUCCCCAAAGGCAGUAGCUCGGACGGUGUGCGGAAAGAGAGCGCCGCAAGACUACUCGAGUUGGUGGCGACUGAUCAGCUAGCGUUCAAAAUGACGGUCGGUUUAUUGGACGAGGAGCAGCGUUCAGAUUUGGAAAACCUGCUGCGUGCCGCUGGAGUCGGCCAAAAACAGGAGGCGACUUCGGAAGACAAUGUGCAAGCGAAGCCGGCAAUUGAACUACGAAUGGAUUUUGGAUGA